AAAGCUUUAAGCAUUAGCCAAAACAUUGUUUGUCCUGUCCACAAAAUACCAAAACUUAUAAAUAAUGGAAAAAAAAACAGCCUAAUCUACAGAAAAUUAAUCACCUCAGUUGGUUGCCAACUUGCCAUCAUUUCAAAACCUUAAAAAACUAUGUAAAAUGAUCAUUUCAUUAACAACAACCAAAAAAAUGUAAAGUAAAACAGAGUCCAAAGCCUCGUCACAUCUGCCCAUAAAUACCCUUCACCGACUCACCAUCUCACCACAUCAAUUCUCUCAUUUCUCUCUCUCUCGCUCUCUCACUUUCGAAUAUAUCUUUAAGAUAACUGAGACAUACUCUUAAGUUUGGUGAAGAAUAAGAAGACAAUGACGAAGGAAGUGGUUGGGGAUAAGAGAUCUUUCUCCGGGAAAGACUAUCAAGACCCACCGCCUGAGCCUCUGUUCGACGCUACUGAGCUUGGGAAAUGGUCUUUCUACAGAGCUCUCAUCGCUGAGUUCAUAGCCACUCUCCUCUUCCUCUAUGUUACCGUUAUGACUGUCAUCGGUUACAAGAGCCAGACCGAUCAAGCCCUGAAUCCUGACCAGUGUGCAGGCGUUGGCGUCCUUGGCAUCGCAUGGGCCUUUGGUGGCAUGAUCUUCAUCCUCGUCUACUGCACCGCCGGCAUCUCUGGUGGCCAUAUUAAUCCGGCCGUGACUUUUGGGCUGUUAUUGGCUCGGAAAGUAACGUUGUUGAGAGCAGUGAUGUACAUGGUGGCUCAGUGCCUCGGUGCCAUUUGUGGUGUGGCUUUGGUCAAGUCCUUCCAGUCUGCUUAUUACAACCGCUACGGUGGCGGCACAAACGGUCUCUCCGAUGGUUAUAGCAUCGGCACCGGUGUUGCCGCCGAGAUCAUAGGUACAUUCGUCUUAGUCUACACCGUCUUCUCUGCCACUGACCCCAAGAGGAGUGCGCGUGACUCUCACGUCCCGGUAUUGGCUCCUUUACCAAUUGGAUUUGCAGUGUUCAUCGUUCACUUAGCUACAAUCCCAAUCACGGGCACUGGCAUUAACCCUGCAAGAAGUCUCGGAGCUGCAAUCAUCUACAACAAGGACAAAGCUUGGGAUCAUCAUUGGAUAUUCUGGGUGGGUCCGUUUGCGGGUGCAGCCAUUGCGGCUUUCUACCAUCAGUUUGUGUUGAGGGCUGGUGCGAUUAAGGCGCUCGGGUCCUUCAGGAGCCAGCCUCACGUUUAAGUUUGAUUUUCUCUUCCCCAAGUAUCAAAGAGGGGAAAAAGAGAAGAUAAUAAUAGAGGCUUGAUUUAUCUUAUGUAGACCGGUUGGAGCCAAGUGACUUGUAGUAUCUAAUUUCUAGCUUUGGUGAGGAGAGAUUUUGAAGUGUCACUUGAGGGCCUACUUUGAAUUGCGACUUCUAUAAUUAAAUCUAUGUCUCUACUCCUUGACUUAAUAAUAUUGCUCUAUUUAUUACUCUACUAAA